UAGAAGAAGGAGGUAGCAAGAGAUAAGAUAAGGUAUGAAAUAAUAGCAUACUCGAUAACUAGGUGGUGAGAUAUUCAUUUGGUGCCUCAUCAAUGGAAAGAGAAUUCUUGCUUCACAUGACUGGUGGCCAGGGAGAAAGGAGUUAUGCCAACAAUUCCUCACUACAAAGAACAAUGAUGCUUAAAGCCAAAACCAUGCUUGAAGAAGCAAUAAGAAGACUAUAUAGGCAUUCUUCUCCAAAGUGCAUGAAAGUGGCAGAUUUAGGUUGUUCUGUGGGACCAAACACUCUUCUUGUAAUAUCAAAUAUUAUUGACAUUGUUCAUGCUGCAUGCGUUGGUUUGAAUCAUGAACCACCAACAUUCCAAUUAUAUCUCAAUGAUUUAUAUGGAAACGAUUUCAACACCAUCUUCAAGUCACUUCCUGAGUUCUACACCAAAUUGGUGCAAGAUAAGGGUCACAAGUCUGGUUCAUGCUUUAUCAAUGCCACUCCUGGAUCUUUCUAUGGGAGACUCUUUCCUAGUAAUUCUAUAAACCUAUUUCAUUCUGCCAACAGUGUGCACUGGCUCUCUCAGGAUCCAUUUUUGGGAUUGAGUAAGGAGGCACUUAACAAGGGAAACUGCCACAUAGUUACUACAAGUCCUCCAUCAGUAUACAAAAUAUACCUUAAGCAAUUCCAAAAAGACUUUGAAUUGUUUCUGAAAUCACGUUCGGAAGAACUUGUGCCUGGAGGAGCAAUGAUCUUGUUAUUACUUGUCAAAACCGAAACUCCAAGAAGAAGCAUUUUUGAAACAAUUAGUCUAACACUUAGUGACAUGUUGUUAGAGGGUUUGAUUGAAGAAGAAAAAUUAGACUCCUUUAACAUACCAACAUAUGAAGCAACAAUGGAAGAAAUAAGAGAGGUGAUUCAAGAGGAAGGUUCCUUCUUUAUUGAAGAAUCAGAGAUUGACAUGGUGCCUUGGGAUGGGAGAAAAAUUGAAGAUGGUGAAGACUUUUCUGUUGAUGGAGAUAUAAGAGCCGAAUUCAUAACGAGGUACAUAAGAGCUGUAAUGGAACCUCUCUUGGUUGCAAACUUUGGUACAAAAGUUAUGAAUGAAUUGUUCAUUAGGUUUCAAAAGAAAGUUGUCGAACUAAUGAAGGUGGAGAGAUUGGAAUAUGCUAAUUUGAUGAUAUCUCUUACAAAAACUUGCUCAUAGAUGUAUUCGAAUAGUUCUUUUGUAGUUUAAUUUCGAUUUGGUGAAAUAAAGUUAAGGAGCAUGAAAUAGUAGGAAAUGCUACACUCUUCAGGGUUAAGAUGUGUGUCACAAAUCUUUAAAGAGGGUUUAUGAUAAAUAAUUUUGCAGAAUCUGUAUAAGUUUGGU